AAAGACGCGAAGAUUCGACGUUCAAUCACACGAAGGAGGUGGACGAAUUCGGAACAUUGGGAACUGAAUAUUUGAAAGCUGUACACCUGGAUGUUUCAUAGAAAGAAUCGUGGCUAGCAGGCUGGUUGAAAAUAGCAUCGAGAUUGCCUUACGAUUGACAGAUUCAAGGCCUCUUUUGGUUGGAGGCAGCAAUUAUAUACCUAGGUCUGUUUACUGGCCUAAACUCAGAGCCGAACGCAGUGCAAAGGUUGCUGUAAUAGUUUGGGUGCCGUUCUCGAAACACGCCAUAAUUUAAAUGUCUACUGUGAGAAUCAAGGCGAUUUUGAACUUACAAAAAACUAUUUUACUCUGUCUUAGAACUAAUAUAAAUUCAAGGACGUUUGAAAAUUUAAGAGCCAAGUCGGGAUCAUGAAUAGAACGGCGUGCAGGCACCUCGUACCGUCCCUUCGCAGUCUGUCCCGUCGGUACUUGACAAAAUGCACCAAUACAACAAACAUGUCGGGAAUUUGUCACAAGCAAAAUGUCAUUGUUACCAGAUCUUUGUCUUCAACAGUUAAUUUGGAGCCGUUUUUAAAUGGCAGUAGCGGGAAUUAUGUCGAGGAAAUGUACGAAGCGUGGAAGCAUGACCCAAAAAGCGUCCACAGGUCAUGGGAUGUUUUCUUUAAAAACGAUGCAAGCGGACUAGGACCUGGUUUGGCUUACCAGUCCCCUCCUGGAAUUGCUCCAAAGGUCAUACCAUUCUCAGAUGUUUCUAUUGCAAAUGGCAAGUCACAACAAAGAGAUAUCAAUAUGGAUCAAAUUGAUAUUCAUGAUUUGAUCCAAGAUCACUUGGCUGUAUUUUCAUUGAUUAGAAGUUACCAGAUCAGAGGACAUAAUGUUGCAAAUCUUGAUCCUCUUGGCAUAAACAAUGCAGAUCUAGAUUCAACAAUCCCCGAGGAACUAAUUCCAGCCCAUUGGGGAUUGUCUGAGCAAGAUCUCGACAAAACGUUCCAGUUGCCUAAAACAACAUACAUUGGAGGAGACGAGGAUGGCUUACCAUUAAGAGAGAUCUUGAGAAGGCUGGAGGAAACAUAUUGCAAGCACAUUGGUGUAGAGUUUAUGUUUCUGCAAGGUCAAAAGAAAACGAAUUGGAUAAAAAAGCAUUUUGAAACACCUGGCGUUAUAAGCUUGACUGAUGAGGAAAGGAGAACUCUGCUUGCACGGCUUAUUCGCUCUACCCUGUUUGAGAACUAUCUCAGCGUUAAAUGGACGUCGGAGAAAAGAUUCGGUAUUGAGGGGUGCGAGGUUCUUAUCCCUGCUUUGAAGCAAAUUAUUGACGUGUCUAAUGAACUUGGUGUCGAGAGUGUCAUUAUGGGGAUGCCGCAUAGGGGUCGAUUGAACGUUCUUGCUAACGUAUGCAGAAAGCCAUUGGAACAGAUAUUCACACAGUUCAACCCCACGCUGGAAGCUGACGAUGAGGGAUCUGGCGAUGUCAAGUACCAUCUUGGUAUGUCUCACGAAAGACUUAAUAGAGUCACAAACAAAAUCAUUAAGCUUGCUGUCGUCGCCAACCCGUCCCAUCUUGAAGCUGUGGAUCCUGUUGUACAAGGGAAAACAAGAGCAGAGCAGUUUUAUCGCGGAGAUAAUGAAGGCAGAGAGGUGAUGAGUAUCUUGAUUCACGGUGACGCGGCCUUCUCUGGACAAGGCGUCGUCUAUGAGACGUUUCAUCUUAGUGAUCUUCCGCACUAUACAACCAAAGGCACUAUUCACGUCGUGGUCAAUAACCAGAUUGGUUUCACAACCGACCCACGCUUCUCAAGGUCAUCUCCAUACUGCACUGAUGUUGCCAAGGUCGUUCAAGCACCAAUCUUCCACGUGAACGCUGAUGAUCCAGAAGCUGUUAUGCACGUUUGUAAAGUUGCUGCGGAGUAUAGAAAUGAAUUUGGAAAAGAUGUUGUCAUUGACCUGGUAAGCUAUCGCAGAAACGGACACAACGAAGGAGACGAUCCAAUGUUUACACAGCCACUUAUGUACAAGAAAAUAAAACAGCAGUCGCCAGUUAUGCAUUCCUAUGCGAAAAAGUUGAUGGACAGUGGCAUUGUCAGCCAGCAUGAAUUCAAGGAAACUCAGAAUUCUUACGAUAAGAUUCUGGAAGAUGCAUUUACAAACGCAAAAGAUAGAACAGAGAUUCGACUGAGAGACUGGCUUGAUUCGCCUUGGAAAAACUUUUUCAGAAAAGACAACACCUUGGCUCCCAGGCCUCUAAGUCCAACCGGGAUUGAUGCAGAAACGCUCAAUUACAUUGGCCAGGCUUUUAGUACACCACCACAGGAUUUGACCUUGCACUCAGGUUUGAUAAGGCGUAUCUUGAAAGGGCGAAAAACAAUGCUUGAUGAAGGCGUGGCCGACUGGGCGAUGGGCGAAGCGUUUGCUUUAGGGUCAUUGUUGAAAGAAGGAAUUCAUGUUCGGUUGAGCGGACAAGAUGUGGAGAGGGGUACUUUCAGCCACCGUCAUCACGUGCUGACUGACCAAAAUGAAGACAAAAAGCGAUUCAUUCCUCUCAACAACUUGUAUCCAAACCAAGCGCCGUACUCUGUAUGCAACAGCUCCCUGUCAGAAUACGCUGUGCUGGGAUUUGAGCUUGGCUACAGUAUGACCAACCCGUAUGCUCUUGUGAUGUGGGAAGCCCAAUUUGGCGACUUCAUGAAUACAGCUCAGUGCAUCAUUGACCAGUUCAUAAGCAGCGGUCAAGACAAAUGGGCACGACAAAGUGCCAUCGUUCUACUACUCCCCCAUGGUUACGAAGGAAUGGGACCGGAGCAUUCAAGCGCCCGAUUAGAGAGAUUCCUGCAGCAGAGUAAUGAUGAUCCGGAUGUUUUUCCGGAUUUUGCCGAAGACGAAUUUGAGCUGAAGCAGUUACACCAUUGCAAUUGGCAGAUUGUGAACUGUACCACACCAGCGAACUAUUUCCACGCGCUCAGACGACAAAUGAACAUGGACUUUCGUAAACCUCUUGUCGUCAUGUCACCCAAGAGCCUCCUCCGUGCCAAAGAGGCAAGGUCUCCCUUGUCAGAAAUGUUGGAAGGAACCUAUUUCACGCGCAUGUACCCCGAAGCAGGCCCGGCAGUCGAUGAUCCAGAGCAAGUCAAGAAGCUUGUAUUCUGUAGUGGAAAAAUUUACUACGAAAUAUUAAAAGAACGCAAAGCUCGUGAUUUGGACAAAGAUAUCGCCAUUGCUCGAGUUGAACAGAUCUCUCCUUUCCCAUUCGAUCUGGUGAGAGCCGAAGCAGCAAGAUACCCAAACGCAGUAAUUGAAUGGGCACAAGAAGAGCCAAAGAACAUGGGAUCAUGGUUUUAUGUACAGCCAAGAAUCAUCACUGCUACAGACAAUACAAGAACAGUCAAAUACGUUGGCAGGCCACCAGCUGCUUCUACAGCUACGGGAAACAAGAAACAACACAAAGAUGAGCAACAAGCUGUCAUUACAAAUUCUCUUGCGAUUUAAUGAAGAAAUGAACACACGAAUUUGCUUGUUUAGUAUGCAUCUUAAUAUUAAAAAUAGAAUCUAUGUCUGAUUUCUUGUACCGGACACAGUCCAAUUUUAAGCUUAUUUAUCCUUGAUAAUUUUUUCUGUAUGAUUGCGAUGUAAGUUUGCAUUGUUUAUUGUUUUAAUAGAAGCUGGCUGUUUUGUGAUAACAGUUUUUAUUUAUAACUAAUAUAUUCAAUUGUUUCGA